AUGCUCCAUGGCACCGGACACAAGCAUGAGUCCAGGAAGCCCGGAGACGGCCCCACGGUGGCCCCAGAAGACGGCGCCCGCUUUCUGAGCUGCUACUGCUCCGGCCACUGUCCAGAGGACCACAAAAAUAACACCUGCGAGUGAGUGAUCAACCGCCUCGUAAUACACUCUGUAUGUUCCCAAAGGCCAAAUCUUUAAAGACAUGCUCAGGAACUUUUGCGACUACUACGUUUUUUGUUUUACCACCCGCUUUGGGCUGGAUGUGUCAAUGUGUAGUUCAUACAUGCAUAUUCUAUGAGAAGAGUUACGGUCUUACCUCAAUUUGCCACAAAAUCCCUAGUUUGAUAGACUGUUUUUCUGGGAGCUGUGCUGUGCCAUUUUCCCUACAUUUCCCCCACAUGGGCCAGCCCCUAGCAAUUUGAGUUCAACCAAUGAGCUUCAGCCCCUUGCCAUAUGAGUGACAGCUAGCAAGAUGCACACGGUGCACCCACAGCAGAGCGAGAGAGAGAGGAAUGUGACGUGGUGCACAUAUCUGCAAAUAUGUGACAUAGUACACAAUUUUUGGGGACCACUUUUGGCUCGUGAGAGCUACUUUCAGAACUACUGGCUAAAAAGUAUACAACAUUACCGGAGAAUGUCUUUAAUUUAGAUGGUUGUUCCAACUCUGACUGUGAUGAAUGUCAGGUUUGGUCAAAACACUGACCUAAGUAUGUUUGGGAACUGUACUCAUUGAAUGUGUGUAUUGUAGGACGAAUGGCCAGUGUUUUGCCAUCAUAGAGGAGGAUGAUAAUGGAGAAGCCAUUCUGACCUCUGGCUGCAUGAAGUAUGAAGGCUCACAUUUUCAAUGCAAGGUAAGCAUGUUGUGUCUGUAUGGAGGGAGCAGGACAAUACAAGGACACAGGGGUGUCAAUUAUAUCAUUUUACUUGAAUGUGUAUGUACACUCAGUGGCAAGUUUAGUACCGGGUUGGACCCUUUGCAUCCAGAAAAGCCUGAAUUCUUCGGGGCAUGGCAUUCAAUCACUGCUCAAUUGACACCAGGCAGGAUGGGUCCAUGGACUCAUGCUGCUUACGCCAAAUCCUGACUCUGCCAUCAGUAUGAAGUAAUAGCAACCGGGAUUCGUUGGACCAGGCAAUGUUUUUCCACUCCUCAAUUGUCCAGUGUUGGUGAUUGUGUGCCCACUGGAGCUGCUGCUUCCUGUUUUUAGCUGAUAGGAGUGGAACCCAGUGUGGUCGUCUGCUGCAAUAGCCCAUCCAUGACACGGAUCGACGAGUUGUUGUACUGCACCGUUAUUUUUCUGUUUGUGGCCUGCCUGUUAGCUUGCACAAUUCUUGCCAAUCUCCUUCGACCUCGCUCAUUAGCGAGCUGUUUUCGCCCACAGAACUGCCGCUGACUGGAUGUGUUUUAGUUUUUUGGGUCGCACCAUUCUUGGUAAACUCUAGACACUGUCGUGCGUGAAAAGCCCAGGAGGGCGGCCGUUUCUGAGAUACUGGAUCCGGCGCGCCUGGCAUCUACAAUCAUACCACGCUCAAAGUCACUUAGGGGCGGAUUGUUAUGGCUGCAUUAACAGCAGGCAAAAAAACUAUUCUAAGGAGUUAGUUUGAACCAGGUAUUACCCUUUGCAGAUGUCGGUUGCUUAUGUACUUGGACAUUGCGCAACUGUAAAGAUCCACUGCGUGGGGCCAAGCCCGAAACUCUGGUCAAUUGGUCACAUGCUAUCUCACUUGCAAGAGCUAAUUUAACAACAAUGUGAGAUAGCAUUGCCCUGCUCUGCCUUUUUCUCAGUUUACCUAUGUGGCUCUGGGUUGGUUGAGAAUGACAUUUGAAUAGACUGUUUUAAUUUGGAAAUACUGAAAAUGAUUUGUCUUUAAUCUAUUUUGUUUUGUCCUUUUUCAUUUGUAUGUUUUUUUUGUUUCGACAUUUUGUUUGUUUGUUUUCCACCUAUUGAACUGUACAUAUUUAUGUCUUUAAACUGUAAUUGUCUAGGACAUGCAAGAAAAACUAAAUUAAAUAAUUGUUCACAAAAAAAAGGUUGCUUAGGUCACUCGUUUUGCCCAUUCUUCUAACGUUCAAACGAACAGUAACUGAAUGCCUCGAUGCCUGUCUGCCUGCUUUAUAUAGCAAGCCACAGCCACGUGACUCACUGUCUGUAGGAGAGAUCCAUUUUCGUGAACGGGGUGGUGUACAUCACCUAAUAAACUAGCCACUGAGUGUAUCGCUAUUAUUCAUAUUUUGUUCUUGUUAAUGAUUCCAAAUAACCCUUGUUAUGCAAACAAACAUUGUUUCAGGAUUCGCCCAGGGCUCAGACAAGGCGAACGAUCGAAUGCUGUGAUACAGACUUCUGUAAUCGGGACCUGCAGCCCACAUUACCUCCCCCAAUGGACACUGGUGAGGCUCAGAGCCAACUGUUACUCCACUAGGGUAUUCUUAUGCUAGUUUGUCUGGGUCGGAAAUUGUAUUUGGGGACUCAAAUUGUUUUGUUUUGCAGGUUCCUACUUUGGCAGUGCCCAUUGGCUGGCUUUCCUUAUAUCAAUGACUGUGUGCUGCUGCACUCUCAUCUGCAUCACGGUAGUCUGUUACUACAGGUAGGACUGGCUACUACAGUGGACUAGCUAACAAAAAGAGAUAUUCCAACUCAUUCCAAAUGUACUGUCUAAUAUACAGUGAAUUGAGUACUGGUGGUAGAAUAGAAGUCAACUGUUGGUGCCAUUAAGCAUUUCUAAAUGAUGGGUUUGGGAUAGUCUGUUUCACCUCUUUUAUAAUAAUGAUUUACUUUUGCUUCACAGUACUUAUUGUUCAUAUUGUAGCUUUAGCAUGUGUGCCCUGUACUGAUCUGUGUGUGUUAUUUUCAGAUACAAGUGGCAGACGGCGAGGCAGCGUUACCACCGGGACCUGGAGCAGGAUGAGGCCUUCAUCCCUGUGGGAGAAUCUCUCAAAGACCUCAUCAACCAGUCCCAGUCCUCUAGCAGUGGCUCUGGGCUCCCCCUGCUGGUAAGAUCCCCACACGACACAGGGAGUGGCUUUGGAGCAUGUGACCUGGAUAGAAAGCCUUUGGCUAUGGAAUGUGACUUUUCUGCUUUCCAGGAAAGUGUAACAGCUGUUUUGUGUGUGUCUUUGGUCAUAGCUAGGUUAAAGAAUUUGCACACAUCUUGCUUGAAACAGCGAAUACCACAUAAAGGAAAGAACAAAUGGUAAAAGUUGUAGUAGCUAUGAUCUGUGGUACACGUGAUAUGAUAUGAAUGCUCAGUGCCUCUCCCUGGUGUGUCUUGUAGGUGCAGCGUACCAUUGCCAAGCAGAUCCAGAUGGUACGUCAGAUUGGCAAGGGGCGCUACGGCGAGGUGUGGCUGGGCCGCUGGCGGGGAGAGAAGGUGGCCGUCAAGGUGUUUUUCACCCGGGAGGAGGCCAGUUGGUUCAGAGAGACUGAGAUUUACCAAACUGUCCUCAUGAGGCACGAGAACAUACUGGGUAAGCUUCGUUCCUACCACUCACUUGUAGUAAAGAAGACUGCCGUCUCUGCCUCCAUCUAAACCAUAUACUGCCAUUUACAGUUUUCCUUCUAAAAUAGUCUGAAUCUAAGUUUAAUGUUGAGUCUUGAUUGACUGAGACAUAAUCUUGGAGUGAUCUUAGGCCUACAUUUGCCCUUAUACAUGAGGUCAACAGUCAUGUAUCAGGGCAAGGCCUACAUCUCAAUAUAGCACUAAACACCCUCCCCUCUCUUCUCACCCCUCCAGGUUUCAUAGCAGCAGACAUCAAGGGUACUGGGGCCUUCACACAGCUCUUACUCAUCACAGACUACCAUGAGAACGGCUCCCUGUAUGACUACCUGAAGUUCACCACGCUGGACACCCAGAGCCUGCUGCGGCUGGCCUACUCUGCUGCCUGCGCCCUGUGCCACCUCCACACGGAGAUCUACGGCACCCAGGGCAAGCCGGCCAUCGCCCACCGAGACCUCAAGAGCAAGAACAUCCUGAUGAAGAAGAAUGGAACCUGCUGCAUCGCUGACCUGGGCCUGGCUGUCAAGUUCAACAGGUAAAGUGCUGCUCAGUCAUGAAAGUUUUAAUCAAGGUUGUGUUCAUUAGGCACUCAACGUAAGAAAACUGACGGAAACAGGGAGGGAGUACCUGAACUUGUCCAAUAAGCAACAAUAGUUUUGUGAGCUAAUGAAUACGACCCAUGUUUUCACUUAUGGCCGUUCUUCUAAACAGUUCUGAAGUUUUGUUUCUGGAGCAACUGACCAUUUCCCUGUGGAUUAUUUAUGAAUUUCUGUUCUUCUCUUGUCGUCAGUGAUACCAACGAGGUGGACGCCCCACUGAGUACACGGGUGGGGACCCGGAGGUACAUGGCCCCCGAGGUGUUGGACGAGACCCUGAACAAGAACCACUUCCAGGCCUACAUCAUGGCUGAUAUAUACAGCUACGGCCUCAUCAUCUGGGAGAUGGCCCGCCGCUGUGUAACAGGAGGUACGGACACAGACAGACACCGAAAUAGACAUGUAUACACACAGACAACCAUAUAUAGACGCGUAUACACACACACACCUUAUAGUCGUGAAUCUACAGGCAUUUGUGUACGUGUGUGAUACUGAUAUUCCAGACUAGUCACCAGGGCCUGAAACUAACCUGUUGGUCAACCAGCCACUAUCAGGUAGAUUUAAAAAUAUACCUGCCACUCAGAUAUUGUUUUGCCAUAAUUACACCAAAAUAACGAAACAAAAAACAGAUGAGCUUUGUAAUUUUUCUAAAACAAUAAAUGUAUUACUAGUAAGAAGUGAUGUGCUAUAUUGCUAAAUAUUAUUUCAUUUUUGUGACAGUCUUUUAACCAACAUUUUACCGAAGAGACAAUUGUUCAGCUGCCCCUUUAAGGGCGGGAUGUUACUGUGGCAAUGAGGGCACAUAGCCCCUCGAGUUGUCAGUGACAGUGUGCUCAUACUUGACUUCUAACUCUCUUUUUUAUUCUCAAAUGUGUGUGAAAUGCUUGCACUGUGGAGCCCUGACCACCUGCCAACAUGGCUGGUGAAAUAAACAUCUUACACUCCAAUGCCAAAAUCUACCCGCGGGUAUUGAUUUUAGGCCCUGCCAGUCACUACAGAGAAAAAAAGCAAUAGGCUUAAGAUUUCAACUGGUUAUGAAAAGCACUACACUGACGGUAUGGUGGAACUAGUGUUCUGUUUACACGUAAUGAUCUCCCUCUCCUCUCUCUCAGGGAUAGUGGAGGACCACCAGCUGCCCUACUACGAGAUGGUGCCGGCAGAUCCGUCUUUUGAGGACAUGCUGGAGGUGGUGUGUGUUAAAGGGCUGCGGCCCACCGUGUCCAACAGAUGGAACGGUGACGAGGUGAGUCAUGAUUUAUCAGGGCAAUAUGGUUUUGCCUGUACGAGACCCUUGAGAUAGAAACUGAAGAGCAGUGCAUAAACGCAUAUAAAUGAGUAAAGAAAGCUAAGGUUAUCUUUUAUCCAGUUGUAGCGGUGGUACCCCAUAUGAAAGCAUUUGCAUUUAGUAUCAUAAGUACUUUUUCAAAAACUACUAUAAUUAAGCAAAGAGCUGCCUAGGUAAUACUGUGUACUUAGUGAUUAUUUAAAUUAGACCAAACUCCUAAAGCGGUGUGUGUGUUUUCUCCACAGUGUCUGAGAGCCAUGCUGAAGCUGAUGUCUGAGUGCUGGGCCCACAACCCCGCCUCGCGCCUCACCAUCUUACGAGUCAAGAAGACCUUGGCCAAAAUGGUGGAAUCGCAGGACAUCAAAAUUUGA